GAGAGAUUAAAUAUGAGUGUAUAUACAUAUGCAUUGUAUGUGUGUAUGCAUAGGGGAACCAAACGCACUUCCUAUAAUCAAGGUUAAACGGUUGGUUGAUAUGACUACUCGUUUACCUUCAACAAUUUCGUUUGGCCAUGCCAUGGCCAAAACCCAAACACUCAAUCACCACCGGCAGCCACCUCUUCCGUCCGUCGUGAAGCGCCACCACCGUUUUGCAUGCCGCAUGAACAAAGCAUUCCCAUUUUCAACAUAAUCAACAAUGAUGUGACUUUUUUUCUCCUUUACUUUCCUUUCUGUAAAGUAACGGUCCGCUAUUUUGAUGGCGGACAUUGUGAAACAAAUUCUAGCGAAGCCUAUACAACUGGCGGACCUGGUAAUCAAAAACGCCGACGGCGUCAGCUCCUUCCGGCAAGAAUGUCAUGAGGUCAAAGUGAAAACGGAGAAGCUGGUCGGGCUUCUCCGGCAGGCGGCGCGUGCGAGCGGCGAUUUGUACGAGCGGCCUACGCGCCGGAUAAUUGAGGAUACGGAGCAGGUUCUCGAUAAGGCGCUGGCGUUGAUCCUGAAGUGCCGCGCGAGCGGGUUGAGCAAGGUGUUCACCAUCAUCCCCGCCGCCGCGUUCCGGAAAACCACCGUUCAGCUGGAGAAUUCCAUCGGCGAUGUCUCGUGGCUGCUGCGCGUGUCCACGCCGGCGGACGACCGCGACGACGAGUACCUCGGCCUUCCUCCGAUCGCCGCCAAUGAGCCGAUCCUGUGCCUGAUCUGGGAGCAGAUCGCGAUCCUGUGCUCGGGGUCCUUGGAGGAGCGCGCCGACGCGGCGGCUUCCCUGGUGUCUCUGGCCCGCGACAACGAUCGGUACGGGAAACUAAUCAUCGAGGAAGGCGGGGUGGCGCAGCUCUUGAGGCUCGCGAAAGAUGGGCGAUUGGAAGGGCAGGAGAACGCGUCGAGAGCGGUGGGGCUGCUCGGCCGGGAUCCAGAAAGCGUAGAACACAUCGUGAAUGCUGGUGUCUGCCAAGUGUUUGCGAAAAUUCUCAAAGAAGGGCACAUGAAGGUUCAGGUAGUGGUAGCCUGGGCUAUAUCCGAAUUAGCAGCCAAUUACCCCAAAUGCCAAGACCAUUUCUCCCAAACCAACACAAUCCGGUUACUAGUUAGCCAUCUCGCCUUUGAAACCAUUCAAGAACACAGCAAAUACACCAUCCCUACCAAACACCAGAUGUCCAUUCACACAGUUGCGAUGACCAAAUCACAAGAAUCCGAAUCCAAUAUUCCUCACCCAUUGAGUAAUGGAAUAGGGAAGCAAAUACAGAACGUGGUAACAGACACAUUGGCCAAGAAAUCAUCUAAUUUAGCCCCAAAGGAGGAGACCAAGCAGCAGCCUAAUGAAGUUGCCAAUAAUGCCAAGCCCAAUAAUAACUCAAGAAAGACGAAAACCCGGAACAGUGUCAAGAAAGCGAGGCAGCGCCAGGUAGCCUUUGCAGGGUCCAGCAUUAAGGGCAGGGAGUACGAAGACCCUGAAACGAAAGCCGAGAUGAAAGCCAUGUCGGCCCGAGCUCUCAGGCAUCUCUGCGCGCAUAACUUCACAGUCUGCACCUCUGUCACAGAAUCCCGAGCCCUUCUGUGCUUCUCAGCUUUGCUCGAGAAGGGAGCUGACGACGUCCAAUACUACUCCGCCAUGGCGCUAAUGGAGAUCACAUCCGUGGCCGAGCAGCACUCAGACUUGCGCCGCUCAGCUUUCAAACCCAACGCCCCGGCUGCCAAGGCCGUGGUGGACCAGUUCUUGAAAAUCAUCGAGAAAGCCGAUUCAGACCUCCUCAUCCCCAGCAUUAGGUCUAUUGGGAACUUAGCCAGGACUUUUCGAGCCACCGAGACAAGAAUCAUUGGCCCGUUGGUAGCCCUCCUCGAGGACAGGGAACCCGAGGUGAUUAGCGAGGCAGCCAUCGCACUAAACAAGUUUGCCUGCGACGAUAACUUCCUCCAUGUCAAUCACAGCAAGGCGAUAAUUCAAGGAGGGGGCACAAAGUCCAUAAUCCCACACAUUUACUUUGGGGAGCAAAUGGUUCAAAUCCCUUCCAUAAUAUUGUUGUGUUACAUCGCAAUGAGCAUCCCCGAAAGCGAGCAGCUAGCAGAGGAGGACGCGUUUAUAGUUUUCGAGUGGUCUAUGAAGCAAUCGCACUUGAUGAAUGAUGCCACAGUUCAAAGAUUAGUAGAGGAAGGCAGGAGGAGUUUGGAACUUUAUCAAUCUAGAAGUUCAAGGGGAUAUUGAUUUAAUUAGUCAGGGCACGUAAUGUGCUUUGUGAGCACAUAUGCCACAGGUUUAUGGUUCUUUUUAGAGCUUUUUAGUAGACAUUCUCAUUUUGUGUAUACAUUGUACAUACUGGCUUUUCUUGUUGGAUGAACUAAGACCUUUCUU